UUCUUCUUAUUAUAAAAACCUAAUCCUCAGAUUAUUGAAGAUUGUUUCCGAGUUAGAAGAUUAAACAAAUUCUUAUCUCAAUCUCAGAAAGUAGUGUUCGAAUUUUGAAUGGAUUAUUCAUCAACCGAAUCAAAAUCAGCCUUAUUAUUCUCAAUUUUCAUACCUUUCAAUUCCCUUUUUUUUCGUUCUUGUAAACCUAAUUAUUCUUCAUCUCUCAUUUUCUCAAAUUCCGAUUCAUUUUUCUAGCAAUUAUAAUCCACUAACCCCAACAACAAAGCACCAGAAACAACUGUUGCAAUGGGUAAACGUAAUUCACGAACUAAAGCUGCUGCAAUGUUUGAUAGCGAUGAUGAUAGUAGCGUCACAUCAUCAUCAACUGCGCCGUCUGAUCUUAUGGCCGUGUCUGGUACCGAAGAUGUUCAAUUUGAUCAAGAAUCUGUACUUGAUCAAGCUCUCGAUGCAUUAGAUGAAAAAAGGGGUACCACGAGGGAAAACGCCUUUUCAGCCAUAAUUGAUGCUUUCAAGAGUAAUAUGCAGCAUCAGUUUGUAGAAAAAAAAUUUGCUACUUUGUUACAUAGCUGUCUUGCUUCAAUAAAAAAGGGAUCAAAGAAGGCAUCUUCCAAAGAGAUAACUCUUGCAUCUCAUGCCAUUGGUUGUUUGGCCUUGACAGUUGGAUGUAGUGAUAAUGCACGGGAGAUUUUUGAAGAAUCUGUUACCCCUUUGGAUGAAUCUCUAGCUAGAAGUAAAAAUAUUUCGUUGAUGGACUGCUUGGCUAUAAUCACUUUCGUUGGAGGGAAUGAUCAAGAAGAAACAGAGCGAUCAAUGGACAUAAUGUGGCGAGUGAUCCAUCCCAAAUUAGGUUCCAAUGUAGUUGCAGUCAAACCUUCUGCUCAAUUAAUAACUGCUGUGGUGUCUGCAUGGUCUUUUCUCCUCUCUACCGUAGGCAAUCUGAAGCUGAAUUCAAAACAUUGGCAAAGUUCAAUAGCCUAUUUAUCCGGUCUUCUAGAUAAAGAAGAUAGGUCAGUUAGAAUUGCUGCUGGUGAAGCACUGGCUCUAAUUUUUGAGAUCGGAGUUAUCGAUAAAUUUUCGACCGAGGCUAAGAAUGCAAGUGAUGCAACUCAAGAAGAGAGUAAACCACAGGAAAGUUAUAUAUUCUUACAAGGAUUAAAAGGAAAAGUGAUAAAUCAAUGCAAAAAUCUUUCUGUGGAGGCUGGUGGAAAAGGAUCUGCCAAGAAAGAUCUUAAUAGUCAGAGGAACCUGUUCAGAGAUAUCUUGGAUUUUUUUGAGGAUGGUUACGCUCCUGAAAUUUCAAUGAAGAUUGGUGGUGAUUCUCUACAGACAUCGUCGUGGUCUCAAAUGAUACAGCUGAAUUUCAUCAAGCACUUCCUUGGAGGGGGGUUCAUUAAACAUAUGCAGGACAACGACUUCCUACAUGAUGUCUUUGGUUUCUCACCCAAGAAAAAGUAUCUUAACAAUGGCGAGCAUAGAAUGUCUGGUGGUGAAAAGAGGAUGUUUAAGUCACCAAAUUCAGUUUUGAACAAGGCCAGGACCCAGUUACUCAAUAAGCAGCGGUUACAAUCUGAGGGCAGGAACUUCGGCCAUUAUUCAGUCAAUAUGGAUGAGACAUGAGUUUGAGUGGGAACAAAAUAUGAUGCAGUGCUUUAUUUGGGGAUUCAAUUAUUCAUUUGGACAUGUAUUUAUUGUGUCCGCUGAUUGCUGUGUUGUCUGGAAAUGUUUGACUUAAAUCGAAUGCGAAGUAGAUUCGCGUACUAUGGAAUUUAUAUUAUAACCUUACUUUAUUUUUUGACAGCUAUACUUGUAUAAUACUAUUAUGUAUGUGUUCGAUGUUUGGUGACGUGAAUUGAUUUUGAUAGAAUUGAUUUUGAGAAAAA